AUGUUCAGCAACUGGAAUGCGGGGACUCCCUUGCAAUCCCCGCGAAAAGGUGCUUCUAGAAUCGUUUCCGGCGUGCCGCUAAGAACGCCGCAAGUGAGCGAGUAUUACAGAGAGGACGGGGAUUACGAGGUGGAAGAGGAAACACCCGAAGUUCUCGGUCCGUCGAACUCGAAUGUUUUGGGGAAACCUUAUCAGGAUUUGGAGGAUAAAUACAAGAUGUCGCCGAAGGAGCUGGGGCGGGGGAACUUCGGCGUGAUUCACGUGUGCGAGAAUUUGGAAACGGGCGAGCGAUACGCGUGCAAGACAAUCACCAAGGCUAAGCUCGAGUGCUGGGAUGACGUGGAUGAUGUAAAGAGGGAGGUGCAUGUUCUCGAGACCCUUCGAGGACACCCCCAUGUCGUCUCCAUUAUCGAGACCAUUGAAGAUGAAAAGGAAGUGCACAUUAUCAUGGAGUUGUGCGAAGGCGGAGAGCUGUUUGAUCGCAUUCUGGAGAGGAAGUAUUACGGAGAGAGGCAGGCGGCCAAGGUGAUCCGGUCGGUGGUGGAGGUGUUGGAUUACUGCCACCAGCGGGGGAUCGUGCACCGCGACUUAAAGCCCGAGAACAUCCUGCUCGUGUCCAAGAGGAGCGACACCCGGUGCAAAGUGAUUGACUUUGGCAUGGCGUACUGCCUCAAGCCAGGUGAGCGCUGUAAGUUGCGGGCUGGAACACCCAACUACAUUGCCCCAGAAGUCAUAGCCAAGAACUACGGCGCAGAGGCGGACGUGUGGAGCGCGGGGGUGAUCCUCUACGUGCUACUUUGCGGGUUACCCCCGUUUUGGGGGGAUACCACGGAGGACGUGUUCAAGAGCAUCCUGUGGCAGGAGCUGGAUUUUGAGACGGAGCCAUGGCCGGUCGUGAGCACGGCUGCUAAGGAUCUGGUCAGGAGAAUGCUGACGAGGAAAUUCGACCGGCGAAUCACGGUGUCGGAAAUUCUAAAGCACCCAUGGAUCAAGGCACUGACAUGA